UGUGUAUUCUAAAUCAAACCCGAGAAUAAAACUAAAAGUAAACGUUUAAAUUUGAUAGUAAUUCCAAUUUCUACACCGUCAACGCUGCACCGCUAACCAAGAAAAAUUCAUCAACAUGUACGACGAAGAAGUUGCCGCCCUUGUUGUUGAUAAUGGCUCUGGAAUGUGUAAAGCAGGAUUUGCAGGAGAUGAUGCGCCGAGAGCUGUGUUUCCUUCCAUCGUUGGCAAACCACGCCACCAGGGAGUGAUGGUUGGUAUGGGGCAAAAGGACAGUUACGUUGGAGACGAGGCCCAGAGCAAGAGAGGUAUCCUCACCCUGAAGUACCCCAUCGAGCAUGGCAUCAUUACCAAUUGGGAUGAUAUGGAGAAGGUCUGGCAUCACACUUUCUACAAUGAACUCCGUGUUGCCCCAGAGGAGCACCCCGUCCUCCUGACUGAGGCUCCCCUCAACCCGAAGGCCAAUAGGGAGAAAAUGACACAGCUCAUGUUUGAGACCUUCAACGUUCCAGCCAUGUAUGUUGGCAUCCAGGCAGUGCUGUCCCUCUACGCCUCUGGUCGUACAACAGGCAUCGUGCUGGACUCUGGGGAUGGCGUUUCCCACACUGUGCCUAUCUACGAGGGCUACGCUUUACCCCAUGCAAUCCUUCGCUUGGACCUUGCUGGCAGAGAUCUGACCGACUAUCUCAUGAAGAUCUUGACCGAGAGGGGCUACUCGUUCUCCACUAGUGCUGAGCGUGAGAUUGUGCGUGACAUCAAGGAGAAGCUGUGCUAUGUGGCCCUAGACUUUGAGCAAGAGAUGGUGACUGCUUCUACAUCGGCUGCCUUAGAGAAGAGCUAUGAACUCCCUGAUGGACAGAUCAUCACCAUCGGUAACGAGAGAUUCCGAUGCCCAGAGGUCCUCUUCCAGCCUGCUUUUGUGGGUAUGGAGGCUGCUGGACUCCAUGAGACCACCUACAACAGCAUCAUGAAGUGUGACGUGGACAUUCGCCGCGACCUCUACGCCAACACCGUCAUGUCUGGAGGUUCCACCAUGUACCCUGGCAUCGCUGACCGCAUGCAGAAGGAGAUCACCGCCCUUGCUCCAAGCACCAUGAAGAUCAAGAUCAUCGCUCCCCCUGAGAGGAAGUACUCUGUUUGGAUCGGAGGAUCCAUCCUUGCCUCCCUCUCCACCUUCCAGCAGAUGUGGAUCAGCAAACAGGAGUACGACGAAGCAGGACCCUCCAUUGUUCAUCGCAAAUGCUUUUAAUUUGCGACGGUUUUGCAGGCGUUAUGCUCUGAUAAUUUCAGUUCGAUGAAUUGUUUUUUAUAUUCACUUUUAAAUGAAUUGGAGAUUCGGUACAUUACCGACUAUGUAUUUUGUUUUGAAGACUUGUGAUUAAUCUAACUUGAUUGCAAAUCCUCCCUAGAUUCGCAUCAAUCGCAACUCUUAAAAAGACAGCCUUGAAUGAUUUAGUCAUAUUCUUUUGUUUAAUGAGAAAUAGUAUAACAAAAUCAAUGUUUGCGGCAGUAAUGGAAAUUGUUCUUUUGACGAAGGUAAUGGUGUUGCUGGUGAAGAUGAGGAUGAUGAUGAAAACCACGACAGUAACUCAUAUUUCAAUUGACCAUGUUGAACAUUCAUAAUGCUAUUGUAUCGCCAUUAGAAAAUUAAAGUAGUCUUUACGUUUAUUUCUUGUACAUUUAAGGUACGUUGGAUCAUUUAAAUAAUGGCUCUUUAGCCAUCCCAUGCAAGGGCAAGGCUUCAGUAUUUAUGGCCGUACCACUGAUCUUCAAAAUAAUCUUCAAAAUUGUCGGGAAGAAACACAAGAAGAAGAAGAAAGUGAUUCUUUGCAGUGGCGUAGACAGCGUUUAUUAUAUACAUGCAAGAUGGGUUGGGAUGAUAAAUAGAUAAUUCUCACUGACAAUAGAUACUUAUUGGUGUCUGUGCCAGAUCUGCUCCAUGCCAUGCCCUGAUUAAGAGUCUAUAGGCCAAAUACUUGCCAUUAGUAAA